UUAAUGUAGGGGGUAAGUCAUGCAAAUACAAAGUGAGCAGCAAACUCCUGUGUGCUCAGAACGAAGAUUCUGGAGAAACUGGUUUCGCGAAACACUUUCAGAUGUUGUUUGCAUUAAUUCCAAUUCCAAAUCGAAAUGAAUGUUUUGGAAAAUGUUUAUCAAAACAAAAAAUCGGAUCAGUAUUUCAGAAAUUGCAUACAUCAGUAGAUUGCUUUCGAACAAUUAUUGCUACCGUUCGUGCUUAAAUAAACCUCUUAAAUAAAACAACAGUAAAAGUAAAGUACGCAAUUGAAAACCAUUGUCAUAUAUAAUGUUAUUUGCUUCGGUACAAAGUGCUUAUGUGGUCCUGUUAAUAACUUUGGCAGCGGGACUAAUUAAGGCCAGGAUACACACUGUAAAGCCGGACUUCUUGACUCAGUGUCAAUUGACUGAUCCAGAAUUAAAUGACUGUUUUGGCAGAAAUUUUCAAGCCCUUUUCUCGGAAUGGAAUGAUGAUGACACUGGUUUAUAUUCGGUUGGCGCUUUGGAUCCUCUUUUCAUAAAAGAUCUCAAUAUUGAUCACGAUCUAAGCCCCCCUGUUUCGAUACACGCCAAUUUACAUAAUCUAGAAGUGCGGGGAUUGGGCGAUAUACACGUGGACCACUUUAGUUUUGACAUAAACAAAUUAAUAGCAACAUCUACACUGGUUGUGCCCAAAUUGAACAUCAAUUCUGACUACAGCAUCAAAGGUAGAAUCUUAAGUUUGGCUCUGAAUGGAAAUGGCAAAGCGUUCAUCCGUGCCGAUCAUCUUGAAAUCAAGUUAGUAAUGGGCUUCAAGCUCCGCGAUGAAGACGGUUUCACAUUUGCCGAUAUAGAGGAACUCUAUGUGGAUAUUAAAGAAGUUGGCGGCUUUGGCAUACGAUUGGAUAAUCUCUUUCAUGGACAUGAAGUUUUAGAAGAGAGUGCCAAUGCGGUCUUUAAUGACAAUUGGCAUGAAUUCUACGAAAUUUUGCGUCCUGCUAUAAAGGUGGCCAUCGAGACUAUCAUGACGGACCGUCUUUCAAAAUUAUUUUCGUAUAUACCGGCUACAUAUUUCAUUGAAGAUAUUCCAACGGCAGCAAACUAUAAUGGAUGGGAAUAAACAAUGUAAAAUAAUAAUGAAGUAAAAGUUGCAUUAUAUGCAAAUGAUUGAGCAUCUCAUUAUAUAUAGUAGUUCUGUUUGUUUG